AUUUGGAGUCCCUACAAGUCCCUCUCAUGGUAUCCAAUCAAUGUCUCUCCAAUCGGGACCAAAGAGUACCUCCGGAGUUGACUAGGGAUCAACUCGGAGAAGAACUAAAUAAGAGAACAGCAAACGCGUUCUCACGGACGUUUGCCACAUGGGCUGGGAGAAGAUUAAGGAGCUGACCAACGUGUACUGUCGUCUGGAGCGAGAGAUACGCAACAAGGAUGAGACAUUGAUGUUGGAGUACCACGUCAAAGAUCUGGAUAGAGACAGCACUGGGAUAUCGUAUAAGCUAGACCCGACGAGGAUUCCUGCCGAGUCAAUGUCCGAAGAAAGCUACGUAAACUGUAUAGAAAACACUAUCAAAAUAGCCGAGCAGUUGAUGGCAGAGUCCAAAACCCUUCGCGAGACCAUGUUCAAGGCUCGGGAGAAUGCUCGUAACCAGAUGUAUGUUCAGUGCCAGACAGUGGAACUGACAAUGAGGAGGCGAGUGUUUGACAUCCAGCGCGCGAGGAAUGAGAUGGAAUGGCAGAAAUACAAGUUGGAACAAAAUCUACGGAAGCUAGAUGCGGAAAUUGAGUCGUUGCGUGCAGCAGUUGCUGAUAAAAUAAAUCCGACUAAGCUAGUCGAAACAAGACUUGAAACGAGGACUAGAAGACCUGUGCUUGAAAGGGUUCAGGAUAAACCAAUGAGAGGUUUGAUGGAAGAAUAUGAAAGAGUCCAUAUGAGCUACUAUAAGCUGGAGAAAAAGUUAGAGGAAGCUUUGACGACCUACCACGGCAUGUACAAUCACCACCAGAGGGUGACAAGGGACUUGCAGCACAAGAACCAGGCGUUGGAGACGGAUCGCCGCCUGAUUGAGAUACGCAAGCCUCUACAUAACUCAUCAGAGUCGGACUUCAAGAGGAAUGUUGGUUACUGUCACAUGGCUGAUGAAUUAGUGACCGACUAAAGUAUGGGAUUAAUAACUGAUGGAUGAAAGCUUAUGUGCACGCCGCAGGAUAGGUUAUGUUGGUACCAUUUAGGUAAGCCUGGAUGAUAUGACUUUUGGUCGCAAUGGUGUUUGAAUGUUUGAUAUUAAUGGCUAUAUAACCAGCAGGUUUCUUAGAGGUUUUUAGUCAAGUACUUAGGUACCAGAUUUUAAGUGGUUCUUGCAAUAACAUAAGCUCUCCACAUAUAUUCCCAAUUUGGGUAGUUGCAGUGAGGUACGUUUGACCCACCACGGGUCAGACAGGAUUCAUCCCAAGACCUAAGUAACCACAUUGCACCGAGUUUUCUAUUCUUAUAACAACAGACUCAGUUGGCAUUUGCUGUUAAAUCUUAUCUUAGGUUCUUAGGGAGAUGACCAAGUUUAAAUAAUAAGUAAACUAUUGUUUUAAAGGUAGACAUAAGAACAAUUUGUAGACGAGACUUCAUUUCGUAUUACAUACGGGAUUUAAUGUAGAUUUGCCUCGGAUAGCAUUCACUACUUGGCCCCACGAAUAGGGAGCGCAGAGAACCUACCAUCCGGUACACAAUUUAACAUAUCAGGCCCAAGGGAGCUUGAUUUGUUUGCUGUUGCGAGCUAAAAAAUAAUAUA